UCAGUGUUCUCGCGAGACAUGUUUUGCAUCUAGAGCUACUGGGAGGGAAAGGGAUCCUGAAUUUAUUUCAACCAAAACUAUUUUUCAGCUAAUUAGAGUUCAUUUUACACCACUUCAUUACACGCGUAUCGUGCACAGGAAAAACAUGGCAGAAACGGAUCCAAAGUCAGUUCAGGACCUUACCAAUGUGGUGAGUAUAUUACAUUGACAGUGUCGCUAGCUAGCUGGCUAGCUAGCUAACACCAUUCACCCAGGCUUGGAAUGGAUAUUUUUCAAUGUGCAUUAGCCAAGGAUUUCAAUAGCCAGUAGCCAACAUUGGAUCGUACGAAACAGCUCGAUAGUAGUGAAUCGAACUCUACAAAGAUCAGCAAAAUAGCUCAUCACCACCAAUAGCUCCUACUGCUGUCGCUACAUCUCCCAUGAUCAUUAUGCAUAGCUUGCUAGCUAAUGUAAAGAAAAUGAUCACAAAACGACCAGUUUGCAUGUGCUUUGAAUCAUGCAAAAAUAAAAGGUCUACCAAAUUAUUCUGAAUUGAUCCCAAACCAGCUGUGCAGUAUAGGCUAAUUUGUCUUUUGGACUAUCUUCAUAAAUUGCAUGCAAGAAGGGUCACAUUUGGUCAUUGAAUACCGGUAGACUAGAUAUAACAUCAGCCUGUUUUAUGUUGGUACUGCUCUCUAAACUGUGCUCUCUUAUGUUAGGUCCAGACGUUGCUGCAACAGAUGCAGGACAAGUUCCAGACCAUGUCCGACCAGAUCAUCGGGAGAAAUAUCCUUCCAGACAACUCAGAGCUGUUCAGUUAUUAGUAAAGUACACUGAUCACGAAAGGGGACAGCAACAUCCCCCACAUUUUUAGGAAACUUGGGAUGGGCCUAGGUCUUUCAAAUCAUAAGGCCCAUUUAUAAAUAGGGGUGUCAUACGGUCACACCCUCAUUAUACCCAUUUUAUUGCCAAACAACUGUCUUUAGUCCAUUUUGAUGUUUCUUUUUACAUAAGCUAAUUUGUAAAAUAUUUCUGGUAGCACUUUACAUUACAGCACAGAAUGAAGCAGUAAUAACAUGGUAAUAGUAUAGUAGUGCAUAGGAGGAAUACAUUAGAUAUGUCUUACCAGUUGUAGUAAGAAUAUUGGCUGGGGAGUAUCUGUGGGUGGUCAUCAUUCAUGUUAUUAUGAAGAGACAUUCCAGCCAGCACAUCCCACUGGUCAGUGUUAUCCACAGGCCCAUUAUGGGCCAACCCAUUGUCUUCCUUAACCAUGUUUACUCGAUGAGAUGAGCACCCGCAUUGAUGACCUGGAGAAAAACAUUGCCGACCUCAUGACCCAGGCGGGCGUGGAGGAGAUAGAAGGGGUCAAAGAACCACAGGUGAAAGAAGGACAAGGGUCAUGA